CCCGACUACUUCAAGGCAUGUGACUGCGCGCCCACGCGACCCGUCAGGCAGAUGCGGAGAAAGCGAGAGAGGAAAGGCGAAGCAUCACUUCAACUUAAUUCAACUUUAUCACUCGAACACUGGAACUCUUGCUGGGCUUACUGUAUAGCACACAUUUAGGACUGGACAUAAUUCGAGUGAACAAGGGAUUUAGCGAAGGUUUUUGUGCGUUGGAGUCCCGGUUGACCAUGGAUUCAGUCGCACCUGGAAAAAAAAGGGUGAGUUCAGAGCGAAGGAAGGAGAAAUCCCGAGAUGCAGCACGUUGUCGGAGAGGAAAAGAAUCAGAGGUGUUUUAUGAACUGGCCAGAGAACUGCCCCUUCCCCACAGCACCACCUCUAACCUGGAUAAAGCAUCAGUUAUGAGACUCGCACUCAGUUACCUGCGUCUGCGUAAACUACUGAACACAGAUGUACUUGAUGUGGAGACUGAAUUUGACUCUCAGUGGAAUAGUUCAUAUCUGAAAGCUCUGGAUGGGUUUCUCAUGGUUCUUUCUGCUGAUGGUGACAUCGUCUACCUGUCAGAGAAUGUCAGCAAGUGUCUAGGUCUACCUCAGAUUGACCUUACUGGACACAGUGUGUUUGAGUUUACUCAUCCAUGUGAUCACGAGGAGCUCAGAGAAAUGCUGGCACACAGGAAUGGUCUGUCCAAGAAAGCAAAGGACUUGCACACAAACAGAAGUUUUCUAUUGAGGAUGAAAUGUACACUGACCAGUAGAGGGCGCACUGUCAAUGUCAAAUCUGCCUCCUGGAAGGUGCUGCGCUGUUCGGGCCAUAUCCACACAGCAGAUGGUGUUGUGAAGGGUGUGUGUGAGGAAAAAAAUGCGUGUUCAACGUACCUGGUGCUUAUCUGUGAGUCUAUUCCUCACCCGGCAAACAUUGAGGCUCCUCUGGAUUCUAGAACGUUCCUCAGCCGCCACACUUUAGAUAUGCGCUUCACCUACUGUGAUGAGAGGAUCACAGAGCUGUUGGGUUUUGAUCCAGUGGAUCUGUUGCAGCAUUCUGUGUAUGAAUACUAUCACGCGCUGGAUUCUGACCACAUGACCAAAACACACCACAACCUGUUUGUAAAGGGACAAGUGUGUACCGGACAGUACCGACUGCUGGCUAAAGCAGGAGGAUUUGUUUGGGCAGAGACUCAGGCCACUGUGAUCUAUAACAGUAAAAACUCCCAGCCACAGUGUGUGGUCUGCGUCAACUACAUCCUCAGUGGAAUAGAACAGCCCAAACAAAUCCUGUCCCUUCAGCAAACCAACUGCACAAAAAUAAAACGGGAACAGGAGGAACACCAGGAGGAGUCCCUUGGGGCUGAAGUGACCAUGGCUGAGUUGAAAAAGGAGGGAAAACAGAGGGAUGAAAAAGAAGAGGAGUCAGUGGGUGAGGAGCUAAAUGACAGGCUGAAGGGGGAGCCAGAGGCACUGACUGUAGUAGACCCUGUCCUCACGCUGGAUAUCACCAGCACAGACUCAGCGAUCUCUGUGCUGACAGAUAUUCCCCUCUACAACGAUGUCAUGUUGCCCUCUUCAAGUGUACUGCUACCCCUCUCACCCCUCUCUCCUCCCUGCUCCUCCCUAAAUGAUGAUGAUGCCUCCACAGCCCAUCUACAACCUGACGACUUCCCUUUCCCACAAUCUUCUGCUUCUGAUUCUUCCAGAUCCCAGGUUGAUCUCCCUGUGGAUUCAGAAUUAAGUGACCAGCUAAAACCGGAUCACGUGGAAAGACUAUUUUCCAUGGAUAUGGAGUCCAAGACACACUUUAAUACACAGGGAGUGGGUUUGGAUCUGGAGAUGUUAGCUCCAUACAUUCCCAUGGAUGAUGAUUUCCAGCUGCGGACUGUUUCUCCAGCUGAGUCGAUGUGUUCCAGCCCGGGUUCAGCGCUUGAACUGACCCCCGCCAGCAGCACGCAAACUGCCCCUGCUCUCCCAGCAGCCCCUCCAGUCUUGGUGUCCAGUGACACCGUUCAGCAGAACACUAGAGCCACAGAGCAGGACAACAGCAGAGAAAUUAUUCAAGACAGUGAUAUUUCUUCUAAAUGUCAGACCAACCCGAAACUACUCAAGAGGAAACUUGAGACCAUACCUCUGUCUGAAGCAAUAAGGCUGGGGUCUGUGUUGCAGGUGGUGACUGAUUUUCCCCAGAAAAAGAUCAGAAAAUCAGAUGCUUCAUCAUCAGAAGGAAUUCGUCACGCCACGAUACUGUUGCUGCCAUCUGAUGUUGCGAGUAGAUUGUUGAGCAGAUCGUCAGAGGGUGGAGCCAUAACUAUGCCCCUCCCCCAGCUUACCCGUUACGACUGUGAGGUAAAUGCGCCUGUGACUGGACGGCAGCACCUGUUACAGGGGGAGGAGCUACUGUGUGCCUUGGACCUAGUUAUUUAAAAAAAAAAAAGCCAUACUUGUGUUUUCCCAUGAAUAGGGAGAUAUCAGUGGAAUUAUGGAUUGACUUCCAUUAAAACAAAAAACAGUCAUGAGCAAUCAAAACAGAUGGGAUGCUUCUGCUUCUGAUGGGUAGAUGGUACAUGCUGGACAUCAAAAAGAAAAGGCUAAUUAAUAAUAAUUAAUGACAAGGGAAAUGUAAAACAGAAUAGAGCAAUUAUGAGCUGUGCUCUUACUGGUUAGAAAUACGCACAGAGAAGAGAAUAUAUAUUCUAUUCUAUAUAAGAUUGUACUGUUACAACUACAAAGAUUUUUCUUGCACAAAUGACAUGAAUUUACCUGCAGCUUUCAGAAAAUGUUAUUUUAUUAGCACUGCUGUUUUUAUAAUUAUGUCUAAGGUAUGUAUAAGGUAUGUCUAAAUGUUUUCUUUGUUCAGGUCUCUACAUGUCCAAUAUAUUUGUGUGUAAAUGUUGUGAAAUGUCUAAAGUGGCUGUUAAUUUUAAAUUUGUGAAAUAUAUUAUACAGCAUUUGAGAGUAGAACGACCCAUAUUGGUAGAACGACCCACAUUACUACCUACAUUACACAUUACUACCUUAAUGUUGAAACUAUUACUAACUAUUCUUAUUAUUGCGAGAGAUUUCUAUUUAGUUAAAUCUCUGAAUAUAUCUAGGGCAUUGCAUCUUGUGUUCCCUAUACUAUGAGUUUCCUGUGUUACAUUAACAGUGGCAUAUAGGAAGCAUAAGAUCUGGUACAACCCCUAGUGUGAGCUUUGCCGCUGUGCUCUGUGUUUCUCAUGUUCUUCCCUGUCAUGUCACAUUGUCUUCAGGAAAUUGUAAUGUCUGACAAAUAAAAAAAAUGUUUUUCAACAACA